AUGACUACUGCUAGUGAUUUUAAUGGCGCAUUUAAUGCGAUUUUUCGAGAGGCCGAAGCCACUUUAUCCGUGAUAUCGAUAACCUCCACAGCUACUGCAUCGGACCUUCCUGGAGCAGGACGUACACUCGGGAACCUGUACAGCUACUUUGGGAAAAGGCUUGAGACCCUACUUAGCCGUCUUGCAGAGCGUCAUGGGUACGGCCCUACAGCUAUCGAAAAGCGUGUCCUAGUUUGCAUCGGUUCUCCGCCCAAUCCAAACUUUCCCGUCCCUGGAUCCAAGCGAGACAGGAAGCUCCGAAAAGAUUUGACCCGACUUGUACGAUAUACCCAGUCCAAUAUUGAUGCAAACAGGGCGCUGGCUUGUCAAACUAUAAUCUCUCUCACGCUUUAUCACAAGUAUUUCUGCGAGCUGUUCUGCGAGCUCGAUGCUUUGAAAACGUUCGCUGUUAUCCUGGCUCGGGAGAAAGUAUACGGAGAAACAGACUGUCUACUGUCUCCUUCACGCAAGGCUCUUCUAUGUAUCGCUGAAACCGAAAUAAACACCAUCGGUAGAAAUUAUUCGUUACUGGCUCUCCAAUUUAUGCAAAUGGUCCGGCGUAGCAGACUGCACGAUCCAAGUGAGCAAGAUCUGUUCUACAGUGCCCAUUUAAAUGCGCAUGAGAAGGUUGUGGAAUAUAUUGGCAGUAGGCAUCCAGAGCGAUCUUUCCUUGCUCUUUGCCAUUUCACUGAAGUAAUUCGCGACAGCAUUCGUAACAGACGAUUUAAUUUACCGAGAAAUCCAGAUUCUCCACAAUCUGUUGGAGAGGUCGGGAGCACGAGAAAACCCGGCUGGAAAGCGGAAAAUACCUGUCUCCGCAGCCGUUUUCAGCAACAAUAUGAUGGCCACAAAAUGCUUGAAAGGUCUAUUAUAUUCAACUUGAAGAAAGCGCCAAGUGAUGUUGACUGGCAUGUCCUCGAGCUCGGGAUCCUCCAAAUGCAAAUUCGGGCACUUACAUUGCAACGAAAAGGCAAAUUAUGCCGUUGUUCUGCAAUAGCGUGA